AAUAAUAUUUUAUCUCUCUCUCUCUCUCCUCUGUCUCUCAUCUCUCAUCUCUGUCUCUCCAAUCUCCAUCGCCGAACCCAGCACCUGCAACCCAGCACCAUAUCACGCCAUCCGCAACAGCCACCCGCAACCCAGCACCACAGAGCACAGCCACUCCAUCGCCGAACCCAAAACCUGCAACCCAUCUCAUCUUUUUCAGUUUCUGCGGUGCUCACCAAGCAAGACACUCUCCGAGAAGAGGAAGAGUCUGAAUCAGAACCCACUUUCAGUUUCAAAGGCUACGUUGCCCAGAAAGCCAAUUCCGUCAACCAAGCCCUCGAAGCCUGUGUUUCGCUUAAGGACCCAAAGAAGAUUCACGAGGCUAUGCGCUAUUCUCUCCUCGCCGGUGGCAAGCGAGUCCGACCCAUGCUUUGCAUCGCGACGUGUGAGCUCGUCGGAGGCACCAAGUCCAUAGCCAUGCCCGCCGCUUGCGCCGUCGAGAUGAUCCACACCAUGUCUCUCAUCCACGACGAUCUUCCUUGCAUGGACAACGAUGAUCUCCGCCGUGGAAAGCCCACAAACCACAAAGUGUUCGGCGAGGACGUCGCGGUUCUCGCCGGCGAUGCGCUUUUAGCCUUCGCUUUCGAGCACAUAGCGGUUUCUACGGUGGGUUAAUUGGCAUUCUACAUCUUCUUCUUCAAAGUGAGGGAAAAGCAACGGAAAUGAAGGAUUGGAGUGGUUAUUGUCGGAUUAUUUCACCACCUCGCCGGAAAUGAAGGAUUCGGCGGAAGUUACAGAGGGAAGGGCGGAAGUUACAGAGGGUAGAGCUGAAAAUGAGAGAGAGGAGAGAGACGGGAGAGAAGAAAAAAUUUUGAUAUAUAUUAUUUUAUUUUGUAAAUAUAUUAUUUUAAUAAGUAAAAGAGGAAAA